GGCCCCAGAAUCACCUCCUGGCAGGCUCCUCUGCUGUGGGCUGCCCACCAUCUGAGCUGGGGUCUCUGAGAGGAGGAGACCAGGGAAGUUGGAGGAAGCAGGGUACAGCUAGGGAGGAGCUUGGCCAGGGAGAGAAGGGGAACUUUGGCUGCCAGUGUGGGCUGUCCCGUCCUGUGACUAAAGAGGAAGAAAGGAGGCUGACCGGGUGUCCCUGAUGGAGAGCCGGCCUCGGGAGCGGUGGGCCCCUCCUGGCCGCCCGUGCCUGUCCAGCUCCCACAUGGCCCCCGGACUUCUAGCUUUGCUCCUGCUCCCCUGGACCCGGCAGCUGGCAGGAGGGCAGUCUGUGAUCCACACUGGCCCCCCGAUCGUGGUGUCCCUGACCAACACGGCUGUCUCCUUCAAGUGCAGAAUCACCUACCGGUACACGCUGCUGCUGCAGAGAUUCACAGUCAGCUACUUCCUUGUGGACCUCCAGGGCCAGAAGAGGCAGAAUGUGCCAGUUGACUGCCAGCCUAGGCAAGGCACAGAGAACCAGACUCUCAGAGCAGAGUGCCAGGUCACUCCCCAGCUGCCUAAUGCUUCAGCCACCGGCACCUACUACUGCUCCGUCCACUGGCCAAAAGUCACCAUAACAGGCAAUGGCACCUUCAUCCUGGUCAGAGACACAGGGUACCAGCCUUCCCCCCCAGGCCUCCAGAACACCCUGCUCUUUUGCUUCCUCGGCCUCCUGGUGUUCCUGAGCAUCCUGGGCACAGCGGCACUGCUCUGGAAGAAGCAGCACAUGGAGUCUCCAGGGAAGCCCCCUGCAGAGAACAGCCCAGCCCCCCACUCCACGAGCUGUCCUGAGCAGUCUCCAGUGGAUUCUGUCUACACGGCCUUGCAACGCCGGGAAACAGAAGUUUAUUCCUACAUUCAGAGUGAGGCUGACAGCCUGCGCUGCAGCAAGGACCUGCUCCCCCAGGAGAAACUGCAGAACUUGGAGGAUGACGGUGAAUUUAACCUGGUCUAUGAAAACCUCUAAGCCAACUCUACCUACCCACCCCAUCUGACUGUCCCCACCCCAGGCCCAGGGCAGCCCCUCCCUCCAAAGGCACUGAGCUCUACCAGGAGUAGGCCCCAGGGCCACCCUGGCACCUUACCCUAGAUUCCAGGUCCUUCCCUUCUAACCCUACUCUGUGUUCUAGUCGCACCAGGUAAGGGUGUCAUCUCCUCAGACCCCUGUCCAGGCUGCCCUCAUUGCCAAGGGCCCUUCCUUGCUGGCAAGGACUCUCAGCCCUCAUCUGUACCUGAGCCCUCCUGACCUCUGAACCCACAGAGUAGCAGCCAGACAGACGUGCUCUCCUGGUGCCUACCUGCACCAUGGCCUCAGGUCCCAGCAGGGGCCUCUAGUCCUGCAGCCUGAGUGAAUAAAGGCGUGCUGUGUGGAGGUCCCCA